GGAGGAGUGUGUGUGACAGUGAAGACCACUUCAUUCCACCGGAGGUCAUUCACAGAAAGUGAUUUACUGGAGCGCCUGCGCGGCAAAUCGUAACAGAGAGAAUGAGCAGACGAGUGGGCGACCUCAGCCCGAAGCAGGUGAACAUUUUAGCCGAGUUUCGGGAGCGGCUUGAGGACGUUCUCCCAGACCUUCCCGCGCAGCAUGACCACUACCUGCUCCGCUGGCUCCGAGCCCGAAGCUUCAAUGUUCAGAAAGCAGAGGCGAUGCUUAGAAAGCAUCUGGAGUUCAGGAAACACAUGAAAGCAGACAGCAUCAUCGCUGACUGGAGGCCUCCUGAGGUGAUCGAACGGUAUGUGUCCGGGGGGAUGUGUGGGUACGACCUCGAGGGAAGUCCCAUCUGGUACGAUGUCAUUGGGCCCCUGGACCCCAAAGGUCUGCUGCUGUCCUGCACCAAACAGGACUUCAUGAGGACCAAGAUCAGAGACACAGAAAUGCUUCGCAGAGAGUGUCAGAAACAGACAGAGAAGUUGGGCGUUAAUGUGGAGACGAUAACCCUGAUCUAUGACUGUGAGGGACUGGGCCUGAAGCACCUGUGGAAGCCUGCUUUAGAGGCCUAUGGAGAGAUUCUUACCAUGUUUGAGGAGAACUAUCCUGAAGGACUCAAGAGGGUGUUUCUCAUCAAGACUCCUAAGCUAUUCCCGAUGGCCUACAACCUGGUCAAACACUUCCUGAGUGAAGAGACACGUCACAAGAUCAUCAUUCUGGGAUCUAACUGGCAGGAGGUGUUACUUAAGCACAUUGACCCGGAGCAACUCCCGGUGGCGUACGGAGGAACCCUUACUGACCCUGAUGGUGACCCUCGCUGUCGAACCAUGAUAAACUAUGGUGGUACGGUGCCCAGGUCGUACUAUGUUCAGGACAAUAUGGUCAAGGUCCAGUACGACAACAGUGUGACCAUCAGCCGAGGCUCUGCCUUCACACUGGAGUAUGACAUCACCAACCCCAGCAGCAUCCUCAGGUGGCAGUUUGCCAGUGAUGGGGCAGACAUAGGCUUUGGGGUGUUCAUGCGGACCCAGGAGGGGGAUGGGGCUCAGAAGGUGGGGGACAUGCUGCAGGUGGUGCCUAGUGAACGCUACAACUCACACAUGGUCCCAGAGGACCGCUCACUCACCUGCCCCGAGCCUGGAACUUACGUGCUGCGUUUUGACAACACCUACAGCGUGCUGCAGUCGAAGAAGAUCAGCUACACUGUCAAUGUUCUACUGCCAGACGGACAGACACAGAGCCCUAGGAGUAUCAGAGGGGGUGGACGGCUGGAGUAACACACACACACACACACAAAACACACGUACUGACAGACAGACACAGAGCCCUAGGAGUAUCAGAGGGGGUGGACGGCUGGAGUAACACACACACACACACACAAAACACACGUACUGACAGACAGACACAGAGCCCUAGGAGUAUCAGAGGGGGUGGACGGCUGGAGUAACACACACACACAACACACACACACACGUACUGCCAGACAGACACAGAGCCCUAGGAUUGUCAGAGGGGAUGGAAAGCUGGAGUAACACACACACACAACACACACACACACACGUACUGCCAGACAGACACAGGAAUCUGGCAUCACACACAAACACAGGAAUAUGAGUUCUGGGGGAGUGAAGAUAGCAACGUAGAGUAUACAGUGCAGUUUAAACACCACUGUUCUCAGUUAUGAGCAUUAGCUAUUAUGACAGGACAUUUUCCAAUGCUUUUCUAGAAAAAAGGAUCUGUACAAGCAUUUUGUUGUACAAGAGUCAUGUUAGGUUUGAGUUAGGACUAUACGUCUUUGUUUUAUAGUAUUGUGUGAAUGGAAUAGCGACAGUUUUCAGCACAGAAAAGACACUUUGUUAUAUAGGAUACAUUAGUUCAAUGUAAAAAGACAAACGGUGCAUGUGGAAUGAAUGAAGGAAUGAUUAUGAAGUGGAGCAAUGAAUAUAGUUUAGUGUUUUCACUAACGAUGCCUCAUUAACAGUUUCAUUAACAAUUGUAUUAAUUGACAGACGAUAGAUAGGCUACAUAUAUAGGUUGUUGUACUAUUAUAGCAACCCUAAAGAGAUGAUUCUUACACAAUGUUAAGAUGCACUCAUUGUCAAUAGAUCAGUCAUUCUAGAAAGGCUAUCUCUCAUAAUCGUAAAAUCUUUAUUUUCAAAAUGCAAGUUGAAUCCUGAAAAUGUUUAAGCUGUUUCUUGAUCAGAAUUAUGUUCAUAAUAUUCAGCUUUUGUAGAAUCAUGACAUAUUAAAUGUUCUUGUACCAUGA